UCAGUCUAGCCAGCCCUGCUCGCAAGUUCGUUCUCGCUCUCAGUUUUCAAGUAUUUUACCAAGUGAACGUUUCGUGGAUUUUUUGACUUGAAGACGACCGAGCUCUACGCUGGUGAACUGGCCACUGGUGAUCCGAUCCGCGAUGAACCGUCACGAGGGCGUUGUGUGCAAGGGAUGCGCCAAGGAGUCCUUCACGGGCAGGUGCUACCGCUGCCUGACCUGCCGCCAGUUCGACAUAUGUGCGGACUGCUACAACAACGACUUCGCCGCCGGCGAGCAUCCGUUCGACCACCCGGUGGUGUGCAUCUACACGCCGGCGGACGUGGAACUCUACUUCGGGGGCGAGUACAUCAGCAGCGAUCCGCCGCAGAGCUACCGCUGCCCGUACUGCAAGAGAUGGGGCCUGAACGAGUCCACCUUCCUGGAGCACGUCUCGUCCAUGCACCCGAAUGCCAAUCCGCUGCUGGUCUCCACCAUGGUCACGCUCUUCGAGCAGCAGCAGGCGGCGCGUCUCUUCCUGGAGGACGAGCAGUUGGCCUCCAUAGUCGCCGCUGCCACGUCGCGCAACGAUCAGAUGCGGCGCACGGUGGGCUCGCUGGAUCUCUACCUGGUGCCUCUCAAUCGGGAUGGCAGCUACAUGAAGCCAACGGCCAAGCCGAUCCUGGCUCCGGCGAACAAGGCCCUUGAGAUGUCAGCCAGGGAGCGGAUCCUGCGCGUGACACGCCGCAAUGGUGCCUCCGCGGGCCGAUCGGGCACAUCCACUGCGAGACCCCCGCCUGCACCAGCCUCGGGACACAGCUCUACCCCCGAGAUCACAACGGAUCUGGAAGACGAUAUGAUCGCCAUCGCGACCAAUCCCCGCCUGAAUUGGAUACAACGAAAUGUGGCCGCGGUCUUUGCCCUCUCGGAGGCCGGCUCCAGCUCAAACUAUGACCUCCCGACUGCAAUGGCACCACCCACCGCCCAGCAGCAGCAACAGCAGCAGGUGGCUGCCCCAGGGCCAAGUGCUGCAGCAGUGGCAGCUGCUUCUGCCUUUAUGGCUGCCCCCGUGGCCGCUCACCCAUCGCUGAACGAGAUUAUGCGCUACUAUCGCGACAACCCGGAGCCGGGCUCCGGGCGAACCGGCCGCUCCAGGCCCGCGAACCCGGCUCUGCAGCCGGCCAGCAGUGGCAGCAAUACCCGGAUUAUAAGCGUCUAUGGACCCACUUCAGCUUUGACACCGGGGCCAAACAAUUCCCGAUCCCUUUUCUUGCCCCCGGAAUUCUAUCCCCGCGACGAGCGUCGUCGCUCUGCCAGGGUGCCCACCUUUCCGGGCAAUUCGGGAGGAAUCCAGCGCGUGGGAUCCAAUGUCCGGGCUCUGGCCGCCCGCAACGUGGACUUCACUGACCUGCCGCCGGAGGAGAGUGAAAUGGCGGACUUCGAGUCCCUCCUGCGUUGCCUGAAAGAGGAGCCGGCCAAGUUGGUCAAGCAGCGGGAGCAGGAGCGCAAACGCUAUCUGUGCUAUCGCUUCCUCACGCCCAGGAGCCUCAAGCGCCUGAAUGACAACUUCCUGGUGCUGCGGGCCGAAUUCGUGGCCCAGCUGCUGUGCUCCGCCCUGUUGGAGGAGGAUUUCCAGGGGGUCUCCGUUGCCCCCAUUCGAAUCAUCAACCCGAAAAGGAAGUUUCUCUCGGGCAGCGAAAUCGCCGGCGCCGGCGAUGCUAAGAAGAACGCCCGUCGUCCUGCCCCAUGAAUUAUGAAAUCUGUUUUCUGUACGAUUUGUACCAUUUUGUAUUGGUUAAAUUUUCUGUUUAUAUCGAGAUGACUUUGGUAACUGUGGCUCAGAGCGCCAGUAAAUUCACGGCAUUUUCGGAUUAAUCUUUGAGAUGGACUGGCACAUAGAUUUAGUUUG